GUCAUCUAGUGACUCACGGUCACCAUCUCCAAAAAAGAUUAAGCAGGAUACUUCACGGUCAAGUAACAGGAGAGACUCUGGUAGCGAUAGAGAGAGACAUGAGAAGAAGAAGGGCAUAGAUGGUAAAAGAGAUUUUAGGGGACACAGAGUCCCUGGUGAUGGCAAGAAAACCUCUCGUCCACGUUUACACAGGAACGAAGUGACAAUGUUGGAAGAAAAAUCUGAGAAGAGUGAGGGUAGGAGCAGGAAGGAUAGGUUCCCUUCUGAAAGCAGGUCAUCCAGUGACUCUUCAAGGUCACCAUCACCCAGAAAACACAAGAAGAUGCGUUCAUCUUCAUCCUCUAGUUCAAGUAGUUCAUCAAGAUCAAGGUCUAGACACACUAGGAAAAGGUUUGGGUUUGCCAAGAAGCUAGAAUCUGAAUGCAAGAAAUCACCAGGAAAGAUGCAUGCUUCUCAUUCCCCAGAACAUGAGAAAUUAAAAGAUACUGAUCAAGACAAACUAAAACACAAGCCUAUAUUUUUCCAUGGUGGUGGGAAAAAGUCGCGCCAUUCUCAUUCUCGUUCCAGAUCUCCAAAAGCUAAGAUGCCGAGGUCCAAUUCUGGAAUGGGCAGCCCUGGGCGAGACAAGUCACGGUUAGACAGCAGGAGAGAGAGUGUUCGCUCUGAUAAGCAACAAGAGGAAGAAAAGGAGAACAAAGAGACUAAAAUUACAGUUGACUAUUCUACUUUCAAGUCUGUGAGAAAAGUAAGUUUAUCAAGCGGAAAAUCUCGUGAAAAGGAAGAUCCAGAUAAGCCAAAGAAGAGGAAAUGGGGCAAUACAUUGUCAAAGAAGUUAUCUGUUGAUAUUUCUUCUGCUUCUUUAAAGACAAUAAUUCCUGAUGUGAAACCAUUAUCAGCCUCAGAAGUUCAUAUGGGAGAGGAUUCAGGUCCUGAGAGUGGUGAGGCAAGUGACUUUGAAGGUCCUGAGCCUCCACCACCCUUGUAUCAAGCAGUCAAAGAAGAGGUAGAGGAAAAAGUAGAACCUAAGCCAAGACGCGAAGUGCGGGAGGUCUCUCCAUUACCAGUCAAACAAAGAAGACGGUCUUCCACACCAGAAGAAAAACCAGUACGCAAGAUUCAUAUGUUUGAAGGACCUAUCCCCAAACAUAAGCCUGCCAUUGCACCAGCACGAAAUCCACCAUCCCGAGUUGUGUUGUUUUAAAAUUUAGUACGCCCAUUCACUAUUAAUCACUCCGUGAGUUACUUCAGAGGACAGGUCGGCUUGUUGAUAAUGGAUUUUGGAUAGAUAAUAUAAAGUCAAAGUGUCUUGCAAUGUAUGAGACAGAGGAUCAAGCUCAAGAGACACGUGUAGCUCUGCAUGGGGUGAAGUGGCCAGUGUCUAAAAAACCCAAAAAAUCUGU